AUCCAGUCUCUCCCUCCAGGUCAGAGUUCAGACACACUUUUUCUCCCUUAUUUUUUGGACCUUGAUCAGAAAGCUCUUUUUUACCGACUGAAAGCCGAGACCGUGAACGCACCACCGAAGCCGAUUCUAUUUUUUCUAUUGUUUUGGUGGAUUUUCUUGGAUCUGGUCUGGGAUCUGGUUCAGGAUGGAGCUGACGGACUUGUGUCUGACGGACGACUUUCACUUCAUCAGACCCCAGCGCCUCUUGGACUCCUCCUCCUCCUCCUCCUCCUCCUCUUCCUCCUCUGGCCCCGCUGAUGUACCUGAGUCUCCGGCCUCCUUCCUCCACUCCUUCCCCCUCAGUCCCCCCUUCCCCCCCGCUCUCAGCCCCUCCCACCGGCCCUUCCUCCUCCCCAGCCCGGCCUCCUCUUCCUCCUCCUGCUCCUCCUCCUCCUCCUACAGCCCUCUCUGCGGGGCCCCGGAGCCCGACUCCCCAACAGGAUCUAGUUCCAGCGGUGGAAGCGUCCGAGGCUGCGCCGCGGCGCCGGAGGCUUCAGGGCGCUUCUGUGUCUCGCAGGCGGACUCGUAUUCAGCGCAGGUGAAGACCUCGGAAUAA